UAUAUCCGCGUAUCCGGUUGCAAAAUGAAACUGCUUCAAGUUAUUGAAUUACGUAGUAAUUGCACGUUACACAUUAGAGAACUGUUCCUUUUAAUAAAGAAAGUCACAAAAUAGAUACAAAAUGAGUGUACCUUAUUCAUUACUGUUACCGAGCUUUCGUCGACGAAAAUCUCGAAAUGGCGUGUUUCGCUGCGCUUGAUGACGUGAAUGGAGAAGUUACCAUUGUCGGUGAAAGGCUGCAAAAUUUAGCGAUUACGGCAAUUGAGCGGGGAUGAAUCUUUAUUGUGCCACACCUGCUGUGACACGGGGCCUCGGUUUUUGCGGUCUCACCCAAAAGGACCGCCCUAUUUAGUCGCCUCUCACAACAAACAAGGGGUACCAGGACCUAUUCUAAACCGGAUCCCCAAGGGACGAAGGAGAAGAAAUAUGGUCUGUAACUCAUGGGCAUACAUUGUACAUUUUUACUGGAUGAAUUAUACCAAGGGGCGAAUCACUCAUAUUCCUAGAGGGCUUAACUUAUAUGGAGAUGAAGAUGAGUACCACUUUUUUGAAUUGUUCACUUUAUGACGUGUAUAGGAAAUUACAUAUUUAAACAAAAUACUGGUAUAGGCCAAGUAUGUACAAACUUCUACAAUUAUUGUCUACUGAAAAUAUCAGCGAAUUAAGUAAUUUAAGGAAAUUCCUACAGAAAGCUGAAAUACUUAUAUACUCAUUAAAUGUUAAUUAAGAUCUUUUUGUUAAUUGUAUCGAUAAAUAUUGUUUUUGAUAUAUAUGUAUAUGUAAUUUACUCUUGUCAUCAUAUGCUAUGAACUAACAAAGGGAUGCAGUAUUCUGUCCAUGCAUUACUAUUAGGUCGUAUCAAUGUAACAUUUUUCCACUUUUCAGUAAACUUGACUUCUGUUUACUGUGUAUGUAUAGAUAAUUUGUAUAUAUAUAAGCCACUGAAUGGGAAAUGUUCAAGUUAUGAUAUGAUUACCACUACACUGGUAUAAUGUGUACGCUGAAUGCUGUGUCUAGAAGUUAGUACGUAAACAGUGUACGGGGGAUAUUGCUCAAAGUAAUAAAGAAGCUAAACCGAUCAUUAGAUCUGUAAUCGUGUUUACAGACGGUCACACGGACAAACCACUAUUCAUUGUACUGCAUUCAUGUAGAGAAUUAUCACAUUCCAAUAGCGUACGUGUAGUCUUACACAACGCAGAAAAAUAAUUGAUUACUAAUAGAUAUCCGCAGAAAAAUGAUUGAUUAAUAAUAAUAAUAAUAGAUAGAUAGAUAGAUAGAUAGAUAGAUAGAUAUCCACAGAAAAAAUAUUGAUUACUAAAAUAUUUACGCAGAAAAAUAAUGAUUACUAAUAUAUAUCCACAGAAAAAUGAUUGAUUACAAAUAGAUAUCCGCAGAAAAAUAAUUGAUUACUGAUAAAUAUUCCCAGAUAAAUGAUUGAUUAUUAAUAGAUAUCCACAGAAAAAUGAUUGAUAGAAAAAUAAUUGAUUACUAAUAGAUAUUCACAUAAAAAUAAUUGAUUACUAAUAGAUAUCCACAGAAAAAUAAAUAAUUACUAAUAGAUAUCCCGAUUAUGAGACAUGAUCAUUUAAUGAAGAAUAAAAAUUCUGAGGAAAACUUUGAUGAAAUAGCCAAUAUUGUAAUAUAUUCUACUUUUAAGAGACAAAUUGUUUGUGUGAAGUAAUUGGACACAAUGGAUGGUAGAAUUUGUUUUUAUUUUAUUGCAUAUCUGGGAUUGCUUUAUUCAAACUUAAAUCUAAAGAUUUAAUCCCUACUCGUGUGGAAAAUUCUCGAGUGGGACUUAAAACAUUAAACAAACGAAUACUAAAAAUUUGUGUAAGAUUACUAACAACAGCACGCUGGUGUCAGGAAUACAGAGACCUUGAAUGCUGGUAGAUAUUAACGGAAACCUGGGCUGUCUAAAAAAAAUUGAUCCUUUUGUAUUUGUUGAAUUUUUUGGGGAGAUGUAUGUAUAAAAAAAAAAAAAAAAAAAAAAAAAAAUCACAACAUGACAGUUGGCCGUGUAUCUGCCCAGUUAAUAAUCCCCCGAUACAGCCUGAUCGAUAAAUAGCAUUAUUUCAGGGAGAGAGUUCGUAUAGGCUGGAGAGCUCAAUCCCAACAUUUUAUUAAAUAAAUUUUGUUUAACAAAAAAUAACAGUAUCGUAAUCCUCCACUACUUAUAUCCUCACUUUUAGUCCUAUGUAGUAAACAUUCUUCCAAAAUGUGUAUUUUUCACCCACGCCAUUAAAACCAGGAUUUGGGCGAAACAACAAUCGAUACAUGUAGCUCUGAUUGCAGAGUCCUCCUUCCUACUUAGAAAUGUUGAGACUUGAAAAAAAUGAUAUAGACAUUAUCCAUUUAUCUACUUUUUAAAAAAAUCUACGAUAUUGUCUAUCAUUUUAAUUUUAUUUUAUCAUCAUUAUUAUUAUCAUUUGCAUUUCCAUUUUUUUACUGCAAUUUCACAAAUUGCAGAUCAGAAAUAGAAAUAUCUUUUUUGUACACGUAUUAAGUCCCGUUAACAUACACCUUUUUACACACAGCGUGCAAAUUUUACAUGUACGCAAAUUUGUACCGGUAUAUUUUGGUGCAUAUGAAAGAAGGGGGGGGGGGAUUAAGUAUGAUUUGCACGUGAAUAAUAUUUUUUUACUCCCUAGUGAAAAAUUUACAUGUACAUUUAGUCAGACUAGGUGUAAUUAACUUAUACAUACGAUUAAUUUUACUUUUUGGAGUAACUUCAGUCAUGUGUACGCAUAGCAACACAUAUACACAAAUAACAAAUUAUUGAAAUUGUCUAUAAAACACCGUAUAAUUUUCUUGAAGAUUGUAUCGUGUCCAGCGGCCUUCUGCUAUGUUAGUGAGAUCGAGUAUCAUUUUAAAAGCAUUUGAUCAAGAAAUGGCAAAACUUAUAGUCACAUGAUGAAGAAAUAUCUAUCUCAUUCAUGGUCUUCAGAGUACAUCCAUAUUGCUUGGACUUGGCUACCUAAUACUGUUUUACAUACAAUUUGCUAGCGCAUACACCAGGAGUAAAAUUUACAUGUUGAAAAUUUACACCUAUCACAGUAAAUGGGCGCAUGUGAACGGGGCUUUGGAAUUAUUGCUAGUGUAAAAGAUGUUAACGAUAUAUCAAACAAACGAAGAUUAUUUAUUAGUUUGAUUAGUCUCAGUUUGAAAUCAUAUCACGCUAUAAGCUAGCAGGAGUUAUUUUUCUUUUCUUUACUAGUGAGUUCAGUUUUACUAAACACAGAGAUCAAACAAAGUGAUAGAAUUUACUAUAGACAUUCGUUAAAGAACGUUUGUGAAAAGGAAAAAAAACACACACACAAAAAAAAACAACCCGACAAUAUUAAUGUCUUUAGGGAGUAAAGAUCCCCAUCACCAAAUAGCCACGUGACGCGUUUGAUAAAUGUGUCCCUAUCACCUGUUGCACAAUUUGUAUUUAUUGUUAUCACUGAUAAAUUAUUUUGACGAGGCAAAACAUGUCAACAUUAAACGUCGAUCAGCAUCUAUGUACCUUAGAAGCAUGGCAUCUGAAAUAUGACUGUCAAUUGUACAAAAUAUGAUCCCUUUGAUUCGUCUUGGGUACCUGUGUGUAUCGAAUUCUGUUUAGGAACCAUUGGAAACAUCCUGGCUCUUGUGAUUUUGUGGAUAAGCCGUCGACACAAUGGAUGGCGUCCAUUCGACAAAAUGUUCGCAGGACUAGCAUUGGACAACCUUCUCAGCAUAAUGUUGACCGACCCCUUUAUUUUUAAGAGGUAUACUUCUGGUUCUACGUGGUCUUAUAACCAAACAUUGUGUGAUUUUAAUUCGUUUUUAUUGGUGAACAAUCAUUUGUCGUCCGCUUUUCUGAUCUGUGCAAUGUCCAUAGACCAGUUCUUGAUUGCUCGCGAAUUCGAAAAGGAAACCGGAAGUUCUGGAAGAAGGGAAGGUAAGCGGUAUACAAUUAUGGUGUUCGUCCUAAUGAUCGUAUCCGCAUCGAUAUCCCUUCUCUAUGUCACAGGACUGAGUUCAAGCCGUCUUGUCUAUCCAGAGACACGGUGCUACCUUGAUUUCAUCUGUAGAGAGCCUUACAUCUUCACAUCACUUUCAAUUUCUUUGAUCUUGCUAACUGUGAUAUUCAAUGUAUUAUCUAUUUGGAAAUUUUACAAAAAUCCCUAUUUACGUUCCAUGGCAAGGUACAGUCGGACUGGUCGAAAUCAGUGUUGUUCCAACAUGAGCGUGUUUGUGGUGGUCAUCUCCGUCGUGUUCUUUGUUUUAUGGACGCCUUUUCUUGUAUUAAUGAUCGUACCUGAAGCACUAGACGAAGAGGUUCUACUGUGGUUUUUACGAAUUGCAAACUUGAAUACUGUCAUAGAGCCAUGGCUUUACAUCUUCCUUCGACGAGAGGCAUUCGGAAGAAUUGUACAUCGGUGUAUACAAAGCCGGAGAGGAUAUGCACCGUUGGAUUCAACUCCAGGGACCUAAAUUGGAUUUUCGUUAAAGUAUAUAAAAAUGUCACCAUCUUUAUGGAUGACUGAAUUCAGCAGAAUUUGGAGGCUUUUACUUUUUGUGCCGUCCAUCCGUCCGUUAAUGUCUGCUGGUGCAAUACAUGCAAAGAUUAACAUUGAUUAUACCCUAAAAGCUUUGAGCGGAAGAGACAAAACGCCUUUUGGCAUCAGUUUGGAAUCAAUGCACUGGCAAUUCUGGUCCAACACCAUAAUGUAUUACUAAAACAAACUGGAUGUUUCAUCAGUUACAGGUUGCUAGUUAUGAAUGGGGUGUAAUCCUUAUUGCGCUGAUAAUACACGUACAUGAUUUUG